AUGCUGUGGUUCCCGGUGAAGAAGAUCCGGAAGCAAUUCAAGUUGCUGCUGCUGCUGGUGCUGCUCACCUUCGCCGUCUGGUUCACCUACCUGCACAUCAACCUGGUGCGCCAAGGCAAGGCGCUGCGCUUGCACUUCGCCUACGGCCGGGAUGGUGAGCGACUGGGAGAAGAGGCAGACCCUGGCAAGCGAGCAGCUGGGGCCCAUGUGCCCUCUCCUCAUAGGAAGGCUGAGGACUCCAGUGAGAGCCGGGAAGAUGAGCAGAUGGUAGAAGAUCAAGGAGUUCAUGGGUGGUUUUCUAAAAGAUAUAGUCACGACAGAACUGGAAGAGUCUCAAAACCAAAUGUAACAAGCCAUGUUCUGCCUUGGAACGAGGAGUACAAAGGGAAAGCAAACUUGCAUGUAUUUGAAGACUGGUGUGGAGGAGCUGUGGGACAUCUAAGGAAGAAUCUGCAUUUCCCCCUAUAUCCUCAUACUCGUACAACAGUAAAAAAGUUGGCUGUGUCACCCAAGUGGAAAAAUUACGGGCUACGUAUUUUUGGCUACAUUCAUCCCUUCAAAGAUGGAGAUUUUCAGUUUUCUGUAGCUUCGGAUGAUAAUUCUGAAUUUUGGCUCAGCUCUGAUGAGACCCCAGCCAAUAUACGUCUGGUGGCGUUUGUGGGCAAGCUGGGCUCUGAGUGGACUGCUCCAGGAGAAUUCACAAAAUUUAGCUCUCAAGUCUCGAAGCCAAUCCGUGUCCUUUCCUCCAGGCGCUACUACUUUGAGCUCCUCCAUAAGCAGGAUGACCGUGGAUCAGACCAUGUGGAAGUGGGUUGGCGAAUUUUCCUUCCCAGCUUCAAGUUUGAAGUCAUUGAUUCCCCUUACAUCUCACUCUAUACAGAUGAAUCCAGCCUGAAAAUGAAUGAGGUAGACCAUGUGCCUCAGUCUCUUGCUAGCCACGCUGACAGCUACCUCUGGGGUGCACAAAAGGAUGAACAUGGAGCUGAUAUGCUGAAGCCUGACCCUCGGGAUAUUUUCUUCCUCACUCCCCAGAUUGAGCCGUCCCAUGUGGAGAAUGUGCUGGUCCCCUGUGCCUACAGCCCCACAUAUGUGGUGAAGGACUUUCCUAUUGCCCGCUAUCAGGGCCUGCAAUUUGUCUACCUCUCUUUUGUUUAUCCUAAUGAUUUCACCCGGCUUACACACAUGGAAUCAGAGAACAAAUGCUUCUACAGAGAAUCUCCAAUGUACCUAGAGAAAUUUGGCUUUUCUAAGUACAUGAAAAUGGAUGAAGAGGAGGAAGAUCUACACCAGAGAGCCUUCCUCUUCCUGAAUCCUGAUAAUUUCCUUGACGAGGAGGAAGAAGGUGCUGAUAGUCCUGAACCUACUGACCCUUUUCCUGAUGUCAAGAGCCCCAGUGUGUUGGAUGCCCAUGUGUUCACUGGGAUGAAGAGAAAAGAUGGGCCCUUAGCCACAAAAGAUUAUGGGAAUAAUGUGGACUAUAAUAGCUUUCUUCAGAAGCAAGAGAAGUUUAAUGAAGAAGGAGACUUCACAAGGCAGCCUGUCUCUGUAGGCCCAAGCAGUGAACCUAGCCUGAGUCCUCAGACUCCAUCUAAGGGCUUCCAGGCUUAUGAGAAUGCAGCACCCUUUGGAGAACAUGUCAUCAUCAAUGGUCGAUCUCUCAACUGGGCACAAGAUGUGGAGAAGGGAAGGAAGGAAGGUGAUCAGGGACUACUGUCAUCUUCAAAAAAAGGCAGCUCUUUCAGCCUCCAGCCUCACCUUUCUGUGCCCUUCUUUGCUGGAAAGACCAAACAGCAGAGUCCUAAGGAGGAGAAACAAUCCAAGAAAGAGACAAACAAACCUCCAGAGAAAGUAUAUGUGACCAGGUUGCAACCCAGUAAGAAGAAGGCCCCAUCACAGAAGGAUGUUUUCCCUGGAGUCUUCCUCUAUCCUAGAUCUCCAAGGAAGGUGCGAUGGAACUCCAGGAUCCCUCAGGGUCGCCCUGCUCCCUCCAACAAACUUCAUUCUCCCUCUGCCCAUAGAACAUCUUCGCUUGUUGGUAAUACCACCAAGGAAACAGAUCUUUCUAAAAGGAAAGGCCUACAAGUCAGCCGGAAAUGGGAACAAUUUUAUGGUAGGCAACCUUUCAAAGGCAGUAUUAAGCAGCAGAUGCAUCCAAGUGCCUCAAUCUUGCCUGCAGAAGGGCUGUUCAGCAAAGAAAACUUUGAAGUCACCACUCCAGCAAGGACUAUGUUAGAUUUCAAUUCUUCAGAGGUAGUGCUGUCUGAAGGUGUGCAAGUGACAUCUUUCCUACAGAUGUCAGAAAUGACAGAAUCUCAGCAAAAGGGGCUUGAAGGCCCUGAGAAGACCCAGGAGGAAGAAGUGGAAGAGGAAGUGUCUGAUUAUAGCUAUGAAAACUCUGAAAUACAGCAGAGCUGGCUAGAGGAUUCCAUCAAUUGGCAAAGGACGUUUAGUGUCAGCCCUGUUGACUUUGAAUUGCUCCGUUCAGACUGGAAUGAUCUGAGGUGCAACGUUUCGGGAAACUUGCAGCUGAGUGAGAGCGAGGUGGUGGAUGUGGUGGCUCAGUAUAUGGAGAAACUCAAUGAGAAGAAUGGCGGCAUCUACACCCUCUUGCGAAUCAUUAAUGUUGAGAAGCGGCGAGACACAGCCCGAGGAAACCGCUAUCUGAUGGAGUUAGAGCUGAUGGAGAGGGGCCAGAGAACAGUCCGGCUCUCAGAAUACAUCUAUGUCCUGCUCCACCAGGGCAAGUCAGAGGACAGCACUGAAGUCAACCCUGAAAGGCCUGCAACUGUGUCCACUCAAUCUCAACCACCACCUAGUGCCUGGAGUCUUCUGUACGGAAAACCCAUCCUCUGCCGACCUUUGCGGCUCAGCUGGAGGCAUGAUGUUAUGGUACAUUUUGUCGUCCCAGUGAAGAACCAAGCACGCUGGGUACAGCAAUUCAUCUCAGAUAUGGCCAGCCUAUUUCUGAACACCAAGGAUGCCAACUUCAAUAUCAUAUUGGUGGAUUUUGAUAGCGAUGACAUGAAUGUGGAGAAAGCACUUCAGGAGGCUCACCUGCCCAGGUACCAGUAUUUGAAACGUACAGGGAACUUUGAGCGCUCUGCGGGUUUACAGGCUGGGGUGGACACCAUAGAGGAUGGCAGCAGUAUUGUAUUCCUUUGUGACCUGCACAUUCACUUUCCCCUCAAUAUUCUGGACAGCAUCCGGAAACACUGUGUAGAGGGAAAGCUGGCCUAUGCACCCAUUGUCAUGAGACUGGGCUGUGGGAGCUCUCCACGAGAACCCAACGGCUACUGGGAAGUAAAUGGCUUUGGCCUCUUUGGGAUCUAUAAGUCUGACUUUGAUCGUAUUGGGGGUAUGAACACAGAAGAGUUUCGGGACCGCUGGGGCGGGGAAGACUGGGAGCUGUUGGACAGGGUGCUUCAGAGUGGGCUAGAAGUAGAACGUUUGCGACUCAGGAACUUUUACCAUUACUACCAUUCCAAACGUGGCAUGUGGAAUUCACACGGCAAGAAGACACCCAAAGACUAAACAUCCGCUCCGCCAUCAGCUGGACUCCUCCUCCUCCUGGUCUUCUUUAAGCAGGAACACGGAAGCAGCAGCCACUGGACUUCACAGCAUGACCCAGCACAGUUUUUCUACUGCUACAGGUAGCCUUUUGGAUGCAGCAUCUGUCAGAGGCCAGACCAAGAGCACUCGGAGUGGAGGUUUUCUACAAAACUACUAUUUAAAGCAAACCAUGUUUAUUUGGGGUUUUGGUUUUUUUUGGGUGACUUUUCUUAAAGGGUCUAAUUUCUUAGUCAGCAAUUACAUUUAUUAACUCGGUAGUGCUGAAAGGCAAAGAGUACUGCUAAUAGGAGAGUGAGGUAAGCCCACCAGUAUUACUGCCAACCAGGAAUGAGCUGGUGCAGCUUCUCAAAGCUCGUGUAACUGCCAGGAAAAGUUUAUGACUGUAUUUGCCCUACUUUAACUCCUGAAGUGAACAGGGAAGGGGGGAAGAAUCUUCAAUAUGGCACAAAAAUGGUUCCUUCUUGACCUGCCAACUGCACACUUUCAUGCCAGUGGGAGAUGCUGAAGAGAAUUGAAAAAAAAUCUCAAAGGGGCAUAAAAAAACUUGUAUCAGGCGAGAGGUGCUCCAGUUUUCUUCAAUGCAAUUUUGGAUUUUUGUUCCCUGCUAGCUCUGCUGCUUUUGCUGCUCCAGUCCCACAGUUAUAUUGUGCCUCAGGUAGGAAUUGCUCCAGAAGUCCGCAUACAAUAGAAUUAUAAAUAACUAUCUCCAAUCCUGGGGAGAAGGUAGAAUAAAUGCAUUCCCCUGAAAAAUUAGCUUUAUAAGGGGGAAGAAAUAGCCAGGAAAGAGCUCAUUAAAACUUUCAGGCUCCAUCCAGCAUUUUUUGGGUGUGAUUUCCUAAUAAAAGAAAUGGGAAGUAUUUUAGGUUUUCUGUUCUCCUACAUCUUUGGGUCCUCUAAAAUCAAACCUCCAUUUUUUCUCCCCUGGGAGACACACAGUCUCCCAACAAGAGGAUACCUUUCAGGUAGAAAGGUAGAAAGGAUGUAGAAUUGUAGAAUCCUUCUACAACAUAGUUGCUUUAUAAUAUCCUCCUCAUUUUUCUUCAUCUGUUGGCUUGGUACGGUCCAAGACUGGAUGCCUACAAACACGAGAGACAAAAUAUGUUUGAUAUAAUUGUCGGGAGAGAAGCAAAGGUUAAAUAGAAAUUCUGGGAACAAAGGAAUUCUGGGUUGUGAUGGGCUUACAGUAGGAGUCACUGCCCAUACUUCCCUACUCUGUGCCAUGUUAACAGAGAACCCAACAUUUAAAAAAAACCCUACAUCCUUGUUAUUUGAGAGAGACGGAACCUAAGAAUUUAGACUAGGGACUGAAUGGAUUGACUUGAUAGGAAGGGGCUGAUCAUGUUUUUCUCCCCUCAAUUACUGUUUUUGGAGCAACCUUCUCUCUUUAUAUACAGUGUAUCAAAUAUAGAGAAUGAAUGAGGUUUCACUACUUUCUGGCUUCAUCUUUGGGUUGCUAUGGUGAGAGUAUCAAAACAGGAGUAGAGAGAAGGGCAAAACAAUAUUUCCAAGCUAAUUUCUGUGAAAUUAUGAGGUAGAAAGCUGUUUUCAGAAAGUUAUGUCUGAUUUUUUUUAAUGGAUAUUGUUAUUAAAAAAAAUAAAGUAAAUGUCCUGGUUCUGA